UGGCAUCACAUAAAAUUCACUCAGCGCUUCCCGCUCCGCCGAAUCUGGCCUAAAUGCUAGCAUCCUCGGUGCUCCGUCCACAGCGCAAUACCUCCUACUACUAGCAUCUAUUGCUACCCUGCCGCAUCCCCAUUGUGCCUCCACUCCGGCCCUGCUGCAACCCCCAUCUACUCCGUACAAGUCCCUUAGUCCGCAACGUAGCGCGUGAACAGUCCAAGAAGCAGACCAGAACCCCGCUACGACGACGGCAGCGGCAGCAUCGUCGGUAUUGGGGGCGUGAACGGCACGAUACAUGUACCUGAGGGUGACAAAUGACGCUGAUACCGACCCAGCGGCCAAUUCGUCCCGGGUGUCGAGCAGCCGUCGCGCAUUGCCAGGCCAAUCGCUCCGAACCUGCCCCGUCUCGACGCUGUUGGGGCCACCGGAGCAAAGCAGCAACUGCGCCUGCAUCAGCACAGGCCUCAGGAACGACAACGGCACCGACGACGACGUCAGUGCCAGCAGCAGCGGCAACGUCAAGAGCAGCACCACGAGUACGCGCAGUAAUACCACAGGUACGAGAACCACGGGCGAUAGUCAUACUGCCAGUGGCAAGAGUAGCAGCAGUAGCAGCACCGGCGGCGGCGGCGGCGACGUUGGAUGUGGCACUGGAGCCCGCAUGGUGUUGAACAAUGGCAUGAGCAUGUCACCGCCAGUCAUGGAUGGAUAUGCAACCCGCCUGCACGAGGGCGGUAGUAGCGAUAGCGAGGACCAGGCCCUGCUGCAGCGGCAGCAACAACGACAGGGCCAGGAUCAGAGCCUAGCCCAGAGUCGGCAUCCCCCCCAGGGCCAGACGCAGCAGAAGCACCAGCACCAGCACCAGCGACAGCGGCCCCAGGCCCCUCUGGAAUUUCACCGGAUCAACUUGGAGCGCGUCAGCGCUUCGAAUCUCAGGUCUUCAUUUAGGGUCAAUGCCAACCCGAGACCUGGUCGUUCUAUCACACCUGACCUCCUCCCAGGUCAAGGUGGUGCUGCGAGCGCUGCUCUCUCUGAUUCUACCAUGGCCCACACUUCCCGUAGCAUCGGCUCUCAGCAGGGCUCGCCUAGGUCUGUUCCCGGGAGCGUUGGCCGUCGUCAAGGUGUCGUCUUCGCCAGCGACGUUGCUUGCGACUCUUCGGAUGGCACAGACUCCAGCCCCGCGACUCACCACCAGAGAAGCGCAAACGGUGCCUCCUCGAUACGGCCCAGGACGCGCACAAUGGACGCCUCGAUGCUAGGGCCGCGAGGGUCCUCUUCCGCCGCCGAGUUUCGACACAGGGUCAGCAGCAUCUCGUCCGGCUCACAGCCCGCCGUCGACGACCACAAAACGCUGAAGCCAAGUUCCGACCCGGCCAGCUACUCGACCAUACCGACCGUCAGAGUCCCCGAGAUCACGACCCCGACCUCCUCCAAGGAGAAGAGCAAGUCCUCCCAUCACAACAGGCGGCUUCUCAAACGCCAGCCCUCCCGCCCGACAUCGCCAUUGGUCGAACCCCAGCCCUCUGUCGAUUCUUUCCCGUACCCCAUCCCAACCGAAGAUGCGAACCGCUUAAUAUCGCUAAUGAAGGCUCUGGGUGGGCGAAUGCGUGGCGAGCUUGAAUACCAGGGUGAGUACCAGGGAACAUGGCAUACCGGAAUGGCAUACAUCGACGAGGAGAAGGGCACCCUCAUGUUCGGCCUGGGCCACACCGGCCAGAACGCUUCCUUCCACAUCCCUCUGGUCUCGGACCUGCGAGGCUGCAAGGUUCACGUCACGGGCUACCCUGAUGCCGAGAGAGAGUGCCUAGAGGUUGUCCCCAACCAGAUGGGCCUGGAGCUCCUCAUCAGGCCCAUCAUAUCCGAGGAGCUGGAGCUGUGGCUUGCGGCCCUCCUGUGCUGGCAGCAGCUCACGCCUCUCAAUCUCAAGGUGCCCAGCGGGAAGCCCGCCAGCCCUUCGGGGCAUAUCCGCCCGGAGAUGAGGCGACGGGCCAAGUCGAGCGAUGCGGCGAGAGCGACAAACAUCAUCAAGGUCGGCAAGUUCAUGCUCUGGGACAAGGGUCCCGCCAGGUCAGCACGUGCUCUCGUCCAGCGAUCCUCGACCCGCGAUCUCCUGCACCCGGCCAUGUUCUGGAGGAGGAUAUCGUGCGUCUUGCAGGAUAAUGGAGAGUUUAGGCUUUUGAUGGAGAACGACGUCUCCGUCUUGUCCAGCAUCGAACUGUCGCAGCUUUCCCGGUGUGCCAUCCAAGGCCUUGAUCGCAGCGUCCUGGGAGAGGAGUACUGCAUUGCCAUCUUUCCCAUCUACGCCUCUAAUGCCACCCACGUUACCAUUUUCCGACCCAUCUACCUCGCUGUCGAUAGCCGCAUCGACUUUGAAGUCUGGUUCGCCCUGCUGCGGACAUUCGCCGUGCCCGACAUCUUUUGCCUGGACGACCCGCAAACCGACGAGAUCCAGGAUGUCGUCGAUAUUGAGAAGGAUCAGCCAGGGGAGGUGUUCCGCAUGGAGAAGAUCGUCAGAGUCAGGGUGAUAGAGGCCAAGAUCAAGGCCAAUCCUAGCGGACCCGAGUGGUUCUCGCCGGAACGAUAUGGCAGGGUUGGCCCGGAUCCUCUGGUGGGAUGUUACCUGGCGGAAGUGAUUCUGGAUGGCGAGGUCCGCGCGAGAACGACUACCAAGAUGGAUACGAAGAAUCCCUUCUGGAGGGAAGACUGCGAGUUUAACGAUCUGCCUCCGAUAAUUCAAGAUCUCUCCGUUGUGCUGAAACGAGUCGAGAGCGGCCCUGACGGGUACUCAAAGCCAAUGACUUCACAGGAGAUAAUAUGCGGAAGUGUAAAAAUCGCCUUGAACGACCUUGAGAGGGGCCAGGGACAGGAACAGUGGUGGCCGAUCUUGGACGAGAAACAGCAAAACAUCGGAUCGAUGCUCAUCAAGGUAUUCCACGAUGAGCACGUUGCCCUGCUGUCGAAAGAGUACGAGCCGCUGUCCGAGGUUCUGCACCGGUUCCCCACGGGCCUCACCACCCUCAUCUCGGCAUCUCUGCCGGGCCAGUUGCGUCUCCUAUCAGAGCUAUUUCUCAACAUCUUCCAGGCCUCGGGCUCCGCGAGCGAUUGGCUAAUGGCUUUGGUCGAGGACGAAAUCGAUGGCAUAGGAAACCAGACGUCGAUCAAGAAGUACCGCUUCAGCAAUAGACUCAAGUCGAGCGAAUCAUUGGAGUCGUCCAACGAACGAGAAUUGAUGGUCCGUGAUAUUCACAGGACGCUGGCAGGAGAAGCCAACCUCCUUUUCAGAGGCAACUCGUUGCUGACGCAGUCGCUCGAGUUCCAUAUGCGACGAUUGGGCAAGGAAUACUUGGAGGAGAUCUUGAUGGAUAAACUUUGCGAGAUCAACGAACUGAACCCGGAUUGCGAGGUCGAUCCGAGCAAGUUGGCGCACACAGGAGCCGACUUGGAUCAUCACUGGGGCCGUCUCAUCCACCUCACGACGGAAAUCUGGCUGUGCAUCGCGGACUCGGCCGAAAGGAUACCGGCAGAGCUAAGACACAUUCUCAAAUACAUCCGAGCCGUAGCAGACGACCGCUAUAGCGACUUCCUCCGCACCGUCAGCUAUACCUCGAUUUCGGGCUUCCUCUUCUUGCGCUUCAUCUGCCCGGCCAUCCUGUCCCCGAAGCUUUUUGGACUGCUCCGAGAUCAUCCUAAGCCGCAAGCACAGCGCACCUUGACGCUCAUCGCCAAGGCUUUGCAGAAACUGUCCAAUCUUUCCACAUUUGGAAAGCGAGAAGAAUACAUGGAACCGAUGAACCGCUUCUUGACCCAACAACGACAGUCUUUCCGAGGCUUCAUCGAUCAUGUUUGCAGUAUCCCAGCAGACCGGACGGGCCGGGCCCUACCCCCCAGUUACAUCACACCCGUCACGAUACUGAACCGCCUGGGGCCUACGGCACGCGAAGGAUUCCCCAGUUUGCCGUACUUGAUUGAUCAAGCCCGCAGCUACGCGAGUCUUGUCAAGCUGUGGGUGGAUGCGCGACCUAUCGAUGCGAAACACCUGCAAGCCGACGGGGAGUUGCUGGUCUUCAACGAUUUGUGUUUUGGGCUACAGAAACGCGCCGACGCUUGCCUUGCCAAAGUGGUGGAUUUCCGGAACAGAGAGGUCCCAUCGUACAUGUCUGCCGACCAGCUUGCCGAAAUCCUGGAACAGGUCAACUUCACCGGGCCAUACCACCCGUAUUACCCGGGCAGUCCAUCUUCGAUGCCCGGCAAUUACGAGCAGCCACCCGGUAGUUCUAGCAGCGAU